AUGAGCAAGUUCGAGAUAUGGCAUCCAGGCCAUGAACAUGCUUUGGUGAGAUACAGGUAUGAGGAAUUAAGCUUUGUGUUUCAAACAUGUCAUGGACGCAGGCAUGAACUGCCAAGGACUGAUGCUAAUUUCAUAUGGCAAGAAAUGGAAUGUGAAUAUUACCUGGAUGUAGAAUGUGCCAGAUUGAAAGAUGAGGACAUGACCAUACACCACCCUCUACAUCCACAACACUUUCUCAUUCUCAACUUUAACGAUGAAAGAAACCAGUUUGUGUGCAACUUCUAUGGAGAAACAAAAGAGUCAAGCUUCUUCUACGACUAUGGUCAUGAUCAGUGUGAUUUCUAUCUCGAUGUUUAUUGCUCGAUUUGUUUGGCAAGUAAUGAGGAUUUACAUGAGAAGUAUGAGAUUCAACAUUUCCUUCAUGAUCAGAAUCACCGUUUGUCCCCUUUUAUACAUGAGAACGAACCCUGUGGUGGAUGUGGGCGGAAUACCUCUGAAAGACUGAUCUUUCAUUGUAAUAGUUGUUCCUUCUACCUCUAUGUACCAUGUUCUCAGAUUCCAGAGGAGGAACAACAUAAUAUUUUUCAUCCAGAACACUCUUUGAAAUUUCUUCCUAGCCCUCCUACUGACCUCGAAUAUGAACCAUGUCUUGCAUGUCGAUAA